AUGGACUACUUUUCGUCACUCAACGCGAGCCAGCUGGAUCCUGAUGUGCCCACACUGUUUGAGCUUCUGUCUGCUAAACAGCUGGAGGGUCUGAUUGCCCCUUCGGUUCGAUAUAUUCUUGCAUUCUACGCCCAGAGACAUCCGCGGUAUCUACUGCGAAUCGUCAACCGCUACGACGAGCUGUACGCGUUGUUCAUGGGUCUGGUGGAGUACUAUAAUCUCAAGACAUGGAAUGCCAGCUUCACAGAAAAGUUCUACGGUCUGAAACGAACACAGAUCCUGACGAAUCCCGCACUGAGAACACGCCAGGCCGUGCCGGAUCUGGUCGAGGCUGAAAAACGGCUGAGCAAGAAGAAAAUCUGGGGAUCACUCUUUUUCCUCAUUGUGGUGCCAUAUGUGAAGGAGAAGUUGGAUGCGCGAUACGAGAGACUCAAGGGCCGGUACCUAGCUAGGGAUAUCAAUGAGGAGCGAAUCGAGAUCAAGAGAACAGGUACGGCCCAACAAAUAGCAGUCUUCGAGUUUGACUACUGGCUUCUCAAGCUCUACCCCAUUGUCACCAUGGGAUGCACCACUGCCACCCUGGCCUUCCACAUGCUCUUCCUCUUCUCCGUCACGAGGGCGUAUAGCAUUGAUGACUUCCUGCUUAACAUUCAGUUCUCUCGAAUGACCCGGUACGACUACCAGAUGGAGACCCAGAGAGAUAGCAGAAACGCUGCUAACGUGGCCCAUACCAUGAAGUCCAUCUCCGAGUACCCCGUUGCAGAGCGUGUGAUGCUGCUGCUCACAACAAAGGCUGGAGCCAACGCCAUGCGAUCUGCUGCUCUUAGCGGCCUUUCGUAUGUGCUUCCCACUUCUAUUUUCGCCCUCAAGUUCCUUGAGUGGUGGUACGCGUCUGAUUUCGCUCGACAGCUGAAUCAAAAGAGACGAGGAGACUUGGAAGACAAUCUUCCGGUGCCAGAUAAGGUCAAGGGAGCCGACAAACUUGCGGAGUCCGUGGCAAAGUGGAAGGAGGACACCUCCAAGUGCCCUCUCUGUAGCAAGGAGCUGGUCAAUCCUACAGUCAUUGAGUCAGGUUAUGUGUUUUGCUACACUUGCAUUUACCGACAUUUGGAGGAUGGAGACGAGGAGACAGGCGGUCGAUGUCCCGUGACUGGCCAGAAGCUGCUGGGAUGCAGAUGGCAGGACGAUGUAUGGCAGGUGACCGGUCUGAGACGACUGAUGGUGUAA